GGAGUAUAAACGAGGUUCGUACACGUGCCCUUGUAAUAGAUCUAACUGCAGCUUAGCUUGCAUCAGAACAUAAAAACUGCUACGAGUAUUAACUGACUCAACAGUACAGCAUUCCUUAUUCUCUGCAAGAUGCAGCUAAUGAUAGUUCUUCUCUUGUUCGCUGCUGGAGCUCUAGCAGCUGAUCCGCAUACACUCCAGUGGCCAGAUACUUACACCAUUUCCGGGACCAUAUCUCUCCCUUAUGCUGAAAUAACGGAGCCUUUUCAAGCUAUAAUGGACAUUGGAGCCAAGAUGGGACGCAUGAACAUUAAUAAUGGUGAAGUUACAUUGAUUUACAGAGGUGAUGACGGUGAUUAUGGCACUCUAUACAAGACAGUCCCAGUCACUAUGAAUGAUACCUACAAUGUCAUGACAUGCUAUGCACUAGCUGGUAGCAGUGACCAACCAGUAUUACCUCAAACUGUACUACCAGAUCCAACUCUCUACAAGUAUGUGGCUGACAUGAAAUACGCAGAUCAAGACUCCAUGCUCUACAUAUCCAGUUUUACUGAGAACACAAAAAACAACAACUACACACUGAUCGUCACCACAGAUAUGAAGCCUCUGAUUCUCUCCUUCCUUGGGUUUGAUCGUCUUUUUGGCUCUCAUUACGACGAGUAUGUUGUAACUUAUGACAACGUGAGCUUUGAUAAACCUGAUGCAAGCAAUUUCAUAGUAGCUUCAAAAGAUAGUUGUAAAACCAGUUUCCCUGGCCCCGGAAGGACUCAUCCUAUGACUGAGAGCAUAUUCCACGAGCUGAUGGGCCCUGGGUCUUUCGAGGAGAGGACCCAACACGUCCAGGAUGCCUUUGAGUCUUUCAAGUCUCGUUACGGAAAGUCUUACGAGAGUCACGUUCACGAGGCUGAGAGAAAACAUCACUUCCAUCACAACUACAGGUUUGUAAAGGCAAUGGGCAAUAAGAGGUCUAGCUUUACAGUAGAGCUAAACCACCUGGCUGAUCUAAGUGAUGCUGAGAUGAAGAGGAUGAGAGGUUACAAGAACAGUGGAAUCAACUCAGAGUUUGUGUAUACUUCUUCAGUCUCCGCUAAUGACAUACCCGACUAUGUUAACUGGUGGCUUAAAGGUGCUGUCACUCCUGUUAAAGAUCAAGCUAUAUGUGGCAGCUGCUGGAGCUUUGGUACAACUGGCACACUAGAAGGAUCAUUAUUUAUAAAGACUGGUAACCUUGUUGCUCUAAGUGAGCAAGCAUUUGUAGAUUGCUCCUGGGGCCAGGGUAACAAUGGCUGUGAUGGAGGAGAGUCAGAGAGAGCUUUCGAGUGGCUCCUACUUGGAAGAUGUCUACCAACAGAAGCUACUUACCCAUACAUGAUGCAGGACUCCACCUGUAAAGAUAAAACGGCUACCUGUGGAGUCAGGAUCAGUAAAUAUUACAACGUCAUGUCCACUAACGUGACUGAUCUUAAAGUCAAGAUAUUUGAAAGAGGUCCCAUCAGCAUUGCCAUCGAUGCCAGCCAUCGCUCCUUCAGUUUCUAUGCCAAUGGAGUUUACAAGGAGCCAAAAUGUGGCAAUACUCCUAAUGAUCUAGAUCAUCAAGUAUUGGCAGUUGGAUAUGGUGACGUGAAUGGUGAUGAAUACGUCAUAGUCAAGAACUCCUGGUCCACCCACUGGGGCAAUGACGGCUAUGUGCUGAUGUCUACUGACAACAAUCAGUGUGGUAUUGCCACUGAUGGCUCAUUCGCUGAUGUGAUGUAGGAGGGGAACUUCUGGUAGCUGCAAUAAUAACUACUGUGUAAUAUAAAAUUGCUGCUUUUUCCUUUUUAAGAAUGUUUUGAUUGAUUUUGAGUGAUUGAAUUAAUAA